AAUGGUGGUUGCAAGAGGGUGCUUGCUUCAUAUAGUGAAGCUAUGAUAUUCAAAGAUUGGCCUUUGGGAUGGAGUAGUGCUCCCAUUCUAUCUAGACAAUAUGUUGCUCCUCCAGAAUAUUCUUGGGGAUCACUCCAUCUAAAGAGUCCUCCAGCUUUUUCUACAGUCCUAAAGCACUUGCAAGUAAUCGGGGAAAAUGGAGGUGAAGAUACUCUUUCUCAUUGGCCCAUUGCUUCAGCAAUGAACAUUGAAGAAUGUACCUGUGAAAUUUUGAAAUAUUUGGACAAAAUCUGGGGUUCCCUGUCUUCUUCAGAUGUGGCAGAGCUACGGAAAGUGGCCUUUGUACCUGCUGCAAAUGGAACACGCCUGGUGACUGCUGAUGUUUUAUUUGCUCGUUUAACUAUUAAUUUGUCUCCCUUUGCUUUUGAACUUCCUUCCGUAUAUCUCCCAUUUGUGAAGAUUCUUAAAGAUUUGGGACUUCAGGAAAUGCUAACACUUUCUGCUGCAAAAGAUCUUCUCUUAAAUCUUCAAAAAGCAUGUGGAUAUCAGCAUCUAAAUCCAAAUGAGCUCCGUGCUGUGAUGGAAAUUUUGAAUUUUAUUUGUGAUCAGAUUGUUGAGGGAAAUUCAUUUGAUCGAUCCAACUGGAAAUCAGAAGCCAUUGUACCUGAUGAUGGCUGUAGACUUGUUCAUUCAGCUUCUUGUGUCUACGUUGAUUCUUAUGGUUCUCGAUAUGUCAAAUGUAUUGAUACUUCCAGAAUUAGAUUUGUCCAUGAGGAUCUUCCCGAGAGAGUUUGUGUUGUUUUGGGAAUCAAAAAAUUGUCUGAAGUUGUCAUAGAGCAACUAGAUGAGAAUCACAAGUUGGAAUCUUUGGGAUCAAUUAGAUCUGUUUCACUGGGAACUGUCAAGCAGAAGUUAUUAAGCAGAUUUCUUCAGAGUGCUGUAUGGACUGUUGUUAAUAGCAUGGACAGUCACAUUCCUGGAUUCAAAAGCCCUUCAUUGGAUGCAAUAGAAUGUUUAUUGAACUCUUGUGCAGAAAAGCUGCAAUUUGUUAAGCAUCUCAAAACAAGGUUUUUCCUCAUGCCCAAUUUGGUAGAUGUCACACGUGCGGCCAAAGAUUUCAUUAUCCCGGAGUGGGAGAAUGAUUCUGCACAUCAAACUCUCUAUUUUAUGAAUCAAUCAAAAUCCUGUAUUAUAGUUGCUGAACCACCAACUUAUAUUUCCAUUUUUGAUCUCAUUGCUAUUGUAGUAAGUCAGGUAUUAGGGUCUCCUAUUAUAUUGCCUAUUGGAUCCUUGUUUGUAUGUCCUGAAGGAUCUGAGAUUUCAGUUGUUAAUGUUUUAAACCUUUGCUCUGACAAGAAAGAAGUUGAACACAUAAAUGGAACCAAUCAUUUUGUCGGCAAAGAAAUAUUGCCACAAGAUGCUCGUCUUGUUCAGCUGCAUCCGUUGAGGCCUUUCUACUCUGGUGAAAUAGUGGCUUGGCGCUCUCAACAGGGAGACAAACUGAAAUAUGGUAAGGUUCCUGAGGAUGUAAGGCCAUCAGCAGGUCAAGCUCUGUACAGAUUUAAGAUUGAAGUUGCACCAGGGGUUACACAACUUUUCCUUUCAUCACAAGUAUUUUCAUUUAAAAGUGUAUCAGCAAGCAGUACCCUGCAAGAAGCAUUGGUGCAUGAAAGCCCAGUAGUAUUUGACAGUAACAGGCCUCAAGAUGGACUCCCGGAGAGUUCAUCAAGGAGAGAAAUCUACUCUCAGCUAUGUGAACAGGCACAACCUCAGAAAGAAAAAUCUGGCAGAGUUUCAGCUGGAGAACUGGUGCAGGCUGUGAAUGAAAUACUCUCAGCUGCUGGGAUCAGUAUGGAUGUGGAGAAGCAGGCCCUUCUUCAGAGAACAAUAAAUUUGCAAGAAAAUCUUAGAGAAUCUCAGGCAGCACUUCUGCUGGAGCAGGAAAAGGUUGAAAAAGCAACAAAAGAAGCUGAUACAGCAAAAGCAGCAUGGGUUUGUCGGGUUUGUCUGAGUAAUGAGGUUGAUAUAACUAUAGUUCCUUGUGGUCACGUAUUGUGUAGAAGAUGUUCAUCAGCAGUAUCGAAGUGUCCCUUUUGUCGGCUUCAGGUCACGAAGGCUAUUAGAAUUUUCCGUCCAUGAAUCAUUUGAGGAUAUUCUUCAAGUUCCGUUCCAUUGGGGAACUUGGCUAACUCUUCACUUGAUGUAUUCUCGCUAUAUAUAGUUUGAUAAGAGAUUAAUCAACUGUACAUGUAUAUUCUGGACAUUCAUGUAAAUAGUUUCAUAAUUGACCCCCCAAUAAGAGGGUGCCUUUCAUAUAAUUUUAAAGGUAUUUUUGACGGAAAAUAAUACGCAAGUUGCAUUAACCUUUUUAAGUAA